AUGGUGGGACGAGGUGGUGGGGUUGAAGCAGACAGCUUUUGGUUCAAGUACACGCUGUCUGCAACCGCUGCAACGGUGGCCGAAACAGUGACUUACCCCUUGGAUUUGACUAAAACAAGACUACAGAUACAAGGGGAAAAGGGCUUGUCAGGAACAGCAGCAGUGCCCUACAGAGGAAUGAUUCGAACUGCAACAGGCAUUGUACAUGAAGAGGGGCCUUUGCAGUUAUGGCAAGGUGUGACACCAGCCUUGUAUAGACAUAUAGUUUACACGGGAAGCCGUAUGACAGUAUAUGAAGUCAUUCGUGAGAAGGUGCUUGGAAAAAAUCCAGAUGGAACGAUAGCAGUUUGGAAGGCAGUUGUAGGAGGGAUAUGUGCUGGGGCAAUAGGUCAGCUCAUUGCUAGUCCCACAGACUUGGUCAAAGUCCAGAUGCAGAUGGAUGGGGUCAGGCGACUCAGAGGCAAAAAACCCAGAUUUGAAAACACAGCUCAUGCAUUUAGAAAAAUUGUUCAUCAUGGCGGUAUCCGGGGUUUAUGGAGUGGCGUGGUGCCAAAUGUACAGAGAGCAGCUUUAGUUAAUAUGGGAGAUAUGGCUACUUACGACACAGUGAAACAUCAGUUAUUGUUACAUACUAAUUUGACAGAUAAUUACGUCACACAUACAAUGUCCAGUGCUUGCUCAGGUGUCGUGGCUGCUGUCUUAGGUACCCCUGCUGAUGUUGUCAAGACAAGAAUCAUGAAUCAGAAAAGGAAACACGGCAAAGGUGUGGUUUACAAGUCCUCUCUGGAUUGCCUCAUGAAAACAGUCAACCAAGAGGGAUUCUGGGCAUUAUAUAAAGGAUUCUUGCCUAUCUGGGCAAGGAUGGCUCCCUGGUCACUGACUUUCUGGCUGACAUAUGAGCAAGUGAGAAAGAUGACCGGUGCUUCUUCAUUCUGACCUCCUUGUUGACAUAUGACCUUGUGGAUGGCAUGUAAUCUUGUGCCUGACAUGGGCAAGUGAAAGAGAUGACUGAUGCUUCCUCAUUCUAACCUUGUGGCUGACAUGUGACCUUUUGGCUGACAUACCAGCAAGUGGGAAAGAUGACUGGUGCUUCCUCAUUCUGACCUUCUCACUGACAUAUAACCUUGUGACUGACAUGUGGCUUUGUGGCUGACAUGUGACCUUCUGGCUGACUUAUGAGCAAGUGGGAAAGAUGACUGGUGCUGACGUAUGACCUUGUGGCUGACGUGACUUUCUGGCUGACAUGUGACUUUCUGGCUGACAAGAUGACUGGUGCUUCCUCAUUCUGACAUUCUUGCUGACAAAUGACUUUCUGGCUGACGUGACUUUCGGACCGACAAUUGAGCAAGUGGGGAAGAUGACUGGUGCUUCCUCAUUCUGACAUUCUUGCUGACAAAUGACCUUCUUGCUGACAUGUUACUUUCAGGCUGACAUAUGAGCAGGUGGGGAAGAUGAUAGGUGAUUCCUCAUUCUGACCUUGUGGCUGACAUUUGAAUUGUGACUGACAUAAGACCUUUUGGCUCGCACAUGUGACCAAGUUCUUACCUUGUGGUAGACAGACGACAUUGUGGUAGACGUAUGACAUUGUGGCUGACAUGUGACCUUGUGAUUGAUGUGUGACCUUCUGGCUGAUGUGCGAGUAAGUGAGGAAGAUGACUAGAGCUUCCUCAUUCCAACCUUGUGGCUGACAUAUUGUAGAGAACUCAAACCCACCAUGACAUAUCAUAGCUGUUACUAUGCAAGUCCAGUGGUGAUCCCAUGGAGUACUGUACAACUCAAAGAAUAUACUGUUGUCAUAGUAUGUGAACAAGAUGGACAACGUAUGUUUUACCCCUUUCUUCAACUACACUGUUUCAUGACAUGGUAUUAUAUUGUCCAGGACAAAACAGACAGGCUCUUGUGCCAGAUGUGGUGUUCAGAUUUGACGAAAAGCUGAUUCUCUACUAGCAAAAUCAGAUGCAAGUUUAUGUGCAGCUUGAAUGUUUAUAGCCUUUUUUGACCCUAGCUUUUAUUUUCUGUUUUUUUUUUUCGCCCACAUGUUCUAAGAAGGAAUCCAAAGUGUAAGAUUCCAUUUUUGUUUUGUCGAGUCUGUUUGGGCAGAUGUUAAGAGAUUUGUUUGUCCAGCUUAGCUUAAAAGGGCACUGCCUGCUGCUAUAUAUUUUGGACGUCAUCAAUAAUGUACCUGUGCUGUUUACCAAGAGUACUGAAUUUUUUUUCUGUUUAAACAUUUCAUUAUUAAUAACAGUUAAAAAUAUUAUUCUGGCCUUCCACAUAUAUAAUUGUUUGUUGUUUGCUACUUUGUAGGCUAGAACUAUGUCUCAUCGCAGAAUGUUGAAUUGCGAGUAACUG